AUGGUGGAGCUGGAGAAAGAGGUGCUGCCGCUCCCUCCGCGGUACCGGUUCCGAGACCUGUUGCUGGGGGACUGGCAAGCUGACGACCGAGUGCAGGUAGAGUUUUAUGUCAAUGAGAACACGUUCAAGGAGCGCCUCAAGCUGUUCUUCAUCAAAAACCAAAGAUCCAGUUUAAGAGUGCGGCUCUUCAACUUCUUCCUGAAGGUGCUGAGCUGCCUGCUCUACAUCCUGCGAGUUCUCCUGGACGACCCACGAGAAACAGACACGGAGGAGCGCGCUGGAUUUCUCAAACAAAAUGCCUCAUCACAUAACAGGAGCCAGUUUGACUGGUCUCUCAUCAUUUGGGUGAACCGACCUCUGCCCCUCUGGGCGCUGCAGGUGUUGGUAGCCUUCAUCAGCUUUUCAGAGACCAUGUUGCUGGUGUACCUCAGCUACAAGGGCAAUGUGUGGGAGCAAGUGCUACGCAUCCCGUUCAUCCUGGAAAUGAUAAGCACCGUUCCCUUUGGAGUCACUGUGAUUUUGCCGUCGCUAAGGAACCUUUUCAUUCCCGUGUUCCUAAACUGCUGGUUGGCCAAGCACGCCCUGGAAAACAUGAUCAAUGAUCUGCACCGUGCUAUCCAGCGUACGCACUCGGCCAUGUUCAACCAGGUCCUCAUCCUCAUCUCCACACUCGUCUGUCUCAUGUUCACCUGUAUAUGUGGUAUCCAGCACCUGGAGAGGGCGGGGAACAACCUGACGCUGUUCGACUCUCUCUACUUCUGCGUGGUGACCUUCUCCACGGUGGGCUUUGGGGACGUCACGCCGCAGAUAUGGCCAUCACAGCUGCUCGUGGUCAUCAUGAUCUGUGUGGCCCUCAUCGUGCUGCCCAUACAGUUUGAGCAGCUGGCCUUCCUGUGGAUGGAGCGUCAGAAGUCUGGCGGGAACUACAGCCGCUACCGAGCCCAGACGGAGAAGCACGUGGUGCUGUGUGUCAGCUGCCUGAAGAUAGACCUCCUCAUGGACUUCCUCAACGAGUUCUUCGCACACCCCAGACUACAGGAUUACUACGUGGUCAUCCUGUGUCCUGCGGAGAUGGAUGUACAGGUGCGGAGGGUUCUCCACAUCCCCCUGUGGGCCCAGAGGGUCAUAUACCUGCAGGGGUCCGCACUCAAGGACCAGGACCUCAUGAGAGCCAAGAUGGAUGACGCGGAGGCCUGCUUCAUUCUCAGCAACAGAUUUGAAGUGGAUCGUUUUGCGGCGGACCACCAGACCAUCCUGAGAGCGUGGGCUGUGAAGGACUUCGCUCCAAACUGCCCGCUCUACGUUCAAAUCCUCAAACCGGAGAACAAGUUCCACGUCAAGUUUGCAGAUCAUGUGGUGUGUGAAGAGGAGUUUAAGUACGCCAUGCUGGCCCUCAACUGCGUGUGUCCAGCCACCUCGACCCUCAUCACUCUUCUCAUCCACUCCUCAAGGGGACAGGCUGCUCCAUCAGAGGCCUUCAAGCAGCGAGCAGGAGCCUUCCAGCCGCUCAGCAGAGAGGGAGGGGCCAGCUCUGUGGACCAAUGGCAGAGGACGUACCGGCGCUGCUCAGCCAAUGAGGUUCACCACAUCCAGCUGGAGGAGAGCAAGUUCUUUGGGGAGUACCAGGGCAAGAGCUUCACAUUCGCCUCCUUUCACGCACACAAGAAGUACGGUGUGUGUUUGAUCGGGGUCCGUCGUCUGGACACAGCCAACAUCCUGUUGAACCCGGGGCCGUGCCACAUCAUGUCGGCCUCCGACACCUGCUUCUACAUCAACAUCUCCAAGGAGGAGAACUCGGCCUUCGUACGCGACCACCGCGACGGGCCCCUGCGAGGCCCCGGGGGAGACCCCAGAGCCAUCCCGCCCACCAUCUACCACGGCCUCACGCGCCUGCCAGUGCACAGCAUCAUCGCCAGCAUGGGUACUGUGGCCAUCGACCUGCCAGACUCCAGUGACAGCAGUCCAGAGGGCCACGGGCUGGGUGGGGGCGGGCGGACCGGCGGCCGCGGACCGGAGGUGGGGGGCGCCAACACGCUGGCGCUGCCUGCCAUGGGAGGGGAAUCCGGGGAGGAGCGGAGGCACAGCAUCGCGCCCGUGCUGGAGCUGGUGGAUGGCGUGGGCAGCACGACCUUUGACCUGCUCGGGGACCAAUCGGAGGACGAGGGCGCAGAGGACGGCCGGGAGGAAGCGGACCGGGACCAGAAGGGGCCCUGGUGGGGCGGGCACUGCGAGUGGGUGAAGGGCUAUCCCCUGAACUCCCCGUACAUCGGCAGCUCUCCCGCCCUGUGUCACCUGCUGCAGGAGAAGAUGCCUUUCUGCUGCCUGCGGCUCGACAAGCCCUGUCCUCACAUUCCUUUUGAGGACGCCCGGUCAUAUGGCUUCAAGAACAAGCUAAUCAUCGUGUCAGCAGAGAGCGCAGGGAAUGGCCUAUACAACUUCAUUGUGCCUCUGCGUGCCUACUACCGGCCGCGCAAGGAGCUCAACCCCAUCGUGCUGCUGCUGGAGAGCAUACCCGAGGCAGACUUUUUGGAAGCCAUCUCCUGGUUUCCCAUGGUUUUCUACACUGUCGGGUCCAUAGACAACCUAGACAGCCUGCUGCGCUGCGGGGUGACGUUUGCAGACACCAUGGUGGUGAUCGAUAAGGAGAGCUCCAUGAUAGCAGAGGAGGACUACAUGGCUGACGCAAAAACCAUCGUCAACGUGCAGACACUCUUCAGGUUGUUCCCUGCCCUCAGCAUCAUCACGGAGCUCACCCACCCGGCCAACAUGCGCUUCAUGCAGUUCAAAGUCAAAGACCACUAUUCUCUGGCGCUCUCCAAGCUGGAGAAGAAGGAGAGGGAGAAGGGCUCCAACUUGGUCUUCAUGUUCAGACUACCGUUCGCCGCUGGAAAAGUCUUCAGUGUUAGCAUGCUGGACACUCUACUUUACCAGUCGUUUGUGAAAGACUACAUGAUCUCCAUCGCCAGACUCCUGCUGGGACUGGACUCCAUGCCUGGCUCCGGCUUCCUGUGUGUGAUGAAGAUCACGGAGGAGGACCUGUGGAUCCGUACGUAUGGCCGGCUCUACCAGAAACUCUGCUCCUCCGCAGGGGACAUCCCCAUCGGCAUAUACCGCACAGAGAACCAGAAGCUGCCCUUUUCAGAGUCGCAGGUGUCCAUCACCGUGGAGGACUAUGAGGACACGCGUGAGCCUCGUGAGCCCUUGCUCUGCCGCUCGGGCCCUCAUCGCAACUCCACCUCCUCCGAGCCUCCCUCCUCCACCACCUCCUCCUCGCACUCCUCCGAGCACCCGCUGCUGCGCCGCAAGAGCAUGCAGUGGGCACGCCGUCUGAGUCGGAAGGGUGGCCGGGGCUCGGCGGGCUCCAAGGGUCCGGGCAGCACGGCCGAGCGCAUCAGCCAGCAGCGGCUCACCCUCUUCAGGCGCUCGGAGAGGCAGGAGCUCAACGCCCUGGUCCGCACCCGGAUGAAGCACCUCGGCCUCUCGCCCUCCGGAUUCAACGGCACGACAGACCAGGGCAACAGGCUCUCCUACAUCCUCAUCAACCCAUCGCCCGACACCCGACUGGAGCUGCAUGACGUUGUGUACCUGAUCCGGCCCGACCCGCUCUCUGCCGUGCCCAACCAGGGUGGCGGGCGAAAGCCAGGCACGGGCAUGGGCACGGGCAUGGGCAUGGGCAUGGGCCAUGGGCGGUCCGAGGGCCACCGCUUCGAGUCGCAGGACAGCAGCACACACCUGUGAUCAGAGAGAGACGAUGAGAUGCCGCCGCCAGCCACCAGCACAACCAAGACAAGAAGCAGCCCAGGCCAUUGGAGAGAGGAGACGGACUGAGGGAGGAAGAGAGCGAGCGAAUGGAAAAGGGGG